AUGUCUCGCCGAUCUCUUGAAUCCCAAAGGCCGAUCAUGGCUCCCAGUCUCACUUCGAAGCGUACUUCCAAACGCUACUCAACCUACUCCGCUUCUCCCUCCUUUGCUACCACUACCAGCACCUACUCUAACUCGCACACUCUCGUCUCCGGCUCUGGCGCUGCAAAUAUCACAGUCAGCCCGGAAACCGGCCUGGCUGAGGUCCGCCAUAUCACACAAAGCCUGGACAGACUGGAAAACAAGCGUCUAUCGCAGCAGCGCUUCGUCCCCUCACAGCAGAAGACCGACGAUCUGAGCAAACUGAGCCUGGGCGCAAAGGUUGAACGGGCACUAGGCAGGAGAAUGGCAGACCAAGAUGCUGUCAUGCGCGUAAAACGACCCGUCGCAAAGAAGACCAAUCCAUUCGCCAUUAUUGAUGAAAAGGCUGCCCUCAAGAUAUGA